AUGUCACUCGAGCAAAGCACAUCACAAACACUUCCCUCAUCACAGUCCCUUCAUACCCUAUCGCUAGACAACGUUCAGUCACCUCCACCUCCAGAAAUAGAAUCUACCCUAUCAAGAUUAUCCUCAUAUCGAAACGUGAAAGGAGUCAUGAUCCUCUCUCGCACACCGUCCGGCGCAUCGUCUUCAACAGCUGCCCCAUCACCUGGUACAGUAACUAAUGCAAGUGGAGGGAUAGUCCAAGCUACAGGAAACAUAUUCGAAGGAGAAUCAGGUAAGAAAUACGCCAAAGCAGUUGAAGAGAUAGUUCUUAGGGUAGGGAAAGCAUUGGGAGAAUGUGAUGAGAGUGAUGACUUGAAAUUCAUGAGGAUAAGGACGAAAAAGCAUGAAUUGAUUAUAACGCCUGACGAGAAAUACUUGCUAGUGGUACUUCAAGAUCCAGGACAAUAA